AUGAAGUCUUGUUCCCUGUACUCUAUCACCAUCAAUUCCGCGCUGGUGAUCUUCGUGAUCGCCCUCUUCAUCUCGCCUGCCCGGGCAGCCUGCGCGAAGCCGUGCGGUCUCGACAACCCCAACAUCUUCCCCGUCUCCCUGCCCAACGGAGAGACCUACGACUCCUUCUACUCGUGGAUCAUAAGCGCGGGGAUUCUCACGGAAGGCAGCAAAGUGGCCAGCAAGUGGGUCGCCAACAACACGGUCGACCCCAACCUCCACUUCCUGCCCAACACCCAACCCUGCGCGAUCAACAUCACCUUCGUCAGUUCGGUCACCUCCAGUCGAAAUCGACUUGGUUGGUUCCAGUUCAACAAGAACGGACCCCGCGGCGGGAAGAUCAUUGCUGGAACCAAGGUGACCAUGUUCGACGAUGUCACCAAGGACAUCCUGUCGGGCGAACGAGAGCCCUGUCUUUACCAGGGUUCGACCGUGACGCUGGGUCCGUUCGACUCGUCUAUCUCCAUCGGCUUCUACCUCGAUCUCGACGCCCAGUGUACCACCAGCUACCUGCGACUGUACAGUCUCGACGAGGAGAACCUCAAGUACGACACCUCCGCGUGGAAUCCGACACUCAAGCCCUACGGUCGCAGUGUUGCCGUUCUCAGAGACCCCACGACGGAAAACGUGUUCUUUGGCUUCGACGAUUGGGAAGCGAUUUACAGUGAUCAAGACUACAACGACGUGGUGAUCCACGCCAGCUCCAAUUGCACGCUCAAUACCACAAAGAUCCCCUGCUACUCCACUUGCCGCUACUCCGCCCAGACGUUCAACUCGGCGACGUGUCAAUGCGCCUGCCCCAACCCGGCCACGGAAGCGGCCUUCGCGCACUCCAACCGCUUCUCGUACUCCGUCCCGCACACCGAGUGCUUCGCGCACUCCGUCCCGCACACCGACGAUAUCGCGCACGCCCAGCCCGAGCUCCACGCGCACUACGCAAUCGCCGACCAGCACGGUCUCGCCCACCAACCCGUCGGUCACGCCGACGCCAUCGGCCUCGCUCACGCCAUCGGCGUCCAUAACUCCGACCAAAACCCCAACUCGAUCGCCUUCCCCGUCCUCCACCAGCUCGCCCUCGCGCACCCAGUCCCCGACGCAGUCGCCGACCAACUCGCCCACCAGCUCGCGCACGCCCAGUGUUACCCCGACUGUGACCCCGACUCGGUCACCCACGAGCAGUCCCACGUCGAGCGUGACGCCCACUGUUACGCCCACCCAGUCCCCGACGCAGUCGCCGACCAACUCUCCGACUCAGUCACCCACCCGCUCGCCCACGCCCAGUGUGACUUCGACUUCGACUCCAACUCAGUCACCCACGCAGUCGCCCACGAGUUCGCCGACCUCGUCGGUCACGCCCACAGUGACACCCACGCAGUCACCGACCCAGUCGCCGACCAACUCGCCUACCCAGUCGCCCACCUGCUCGCCUACCCAGUCGCCUACGCGGUCGCCCACGAGCAGUCCGACACCGAGCGUGACCCCCACGGUGACGCCCACUGUGACACCGACGCAGUCUCCCACCAACUCGCCCACCCAGUCGCCGACGCGAUCCCCCACGCAGUCACCGACACAGUCCCCUACCCAGACGUCUCCGACCAACUCGCCCACGCCGAGCGUGACGCCCACGGUUACGCCAACCCGGUCGCCCACGCAGUCGCCCACGCAAUCUCCGACACCGAGCGUCACUCCGACCGUGACUCCGACCCAGUCGCCGACAAACACGCCCACUCAGUCGCCCACCAACUCGCCUACGCAGUCGCCCACCCAGUCCCCGACCAGGUCGCCCACGCCGAGUGUAACGCCCACCGUGACGCCGACUGUCACGCCGACCCAGACGCCUACCAGCUCACCAACCCAGUCUCCCACUCAGUCUGCGACCAACUCGCCGACCCGCGUAACGUCCACGGUGACCCCCACGCAGUCGCCGACCCAGUCGCCGACCCGGUCGCCCACGCCGAGCGUAACCCCGACUCAGUCGCCCACGCAGUCCCCGACACCGAGCGUAACACCCACUCAGUCGCCCACCAACUCGCCCACGCAGUCGCCAACAAGUUCGCCUACGCCGAGUGUGACGCCCACGGUUACACCGACUGUCACGCCGACUCAAUCCCCGACACCGAGUGUGACACCCACAGUGACGCCGACUGUCACGCCGACGCAGUCGCCCACCAACUCGCCCACGCAGUCGCCCACGCAGUCGCCCACCAGAUCCCCUACGCAGUCACCCACGCAGUCACCCACCGCCUCAGUGACGCCGACUGUUACGCCGACACAGUCGCCCACCAACUCACCGACCAACUCGCCCACGCAGUCGCCCACUCGGUCGCCGACCAACUCGCCCACCCAGUCGCCUACUACCUCGCCCACGCCGAGUGUGACGCCCACGGUGACGCCGACUGUCACGCCUACCCAUCGCCCACUCGGUCGCCGACCAACUCGCCCACGGUGACGCCCACGUCCCCUACCCAGUCGCCCACCAACUCGCCCACGCCGAGCGUGACGCCCACUGUGACACCAACAGUGACGCCGACCCAGACGCCCACCAACUCGCCCACACAGUCACCCACCAACUCGCCCACGCCGAGCGUGACGCCCACGGUUACGCCGACUGUGACGCCCACCCAGACGCCCACCAACUCGCCAACCAACUCACCUACGCAGUCCCCGACUCUGUCACCGACCAACUCGCCCACGCAGUCGCCCACUCAGUCUCCGACCCAGUCGCCCACCAACUCGCCGACUCGGUCGCCCACCCAGUCCCCUACCAACUCGCCCACGCAGUCGCCCACCCAGUCUCCCACGCAGUCGCCCACCAACUCGCCCACCCAGUCGCCCACGCCUAGCGUGACGCCCACGUUAACUCCUACUGUGACGCCCACCCAGACGCCCACCAACUCGCCCACCCAGUCGCCCACGCCGUCGUCCACUCAGUCUCCCACGCCGUCGCCCACCAACUCGCCGACUCACGUGACUCCCACAGUGACGCCCACGCAGUCGCCCACCCAAUCGCCCACGCAGUCGUCGACGCCGAGCGUGACGCCCACUGUGACACCGACCGUCACGCCGACCCAGUCGCCGACUAAAUCGCCCACGCCGUCGCCCACCCAGUCCCCUACUCAGUCGCCCACUCAGUCUCCCACGCAGUCGCCCACCAACUCGCCGACUCAGUCGCCCACCCAGUCGCCGACGCCGAGUGUGACUCCGACCGUGACGCCCACGCAGUCGCCCACCAACUCGCCCACCCAGUCUCCCACGCAGUCGCCGACGCCGAGCGUGACGCCCACUGUGACGCCGACCCGGUCGCCGACCAACUCGCCCACGCAGUCUCCCACUCAGUCGCCCACGCAGUCGCCCACGCAGUCACCGACCCAGUCGCCGACUCAGUCGCCCACGCCGAGUGUUACUGCGACAGUGACCCCCACCCAGACGCCCACCAACUCCCCGACCCAGUCGCCCACGCAGUCGCCGACUCAGUCCCCAACCCAGUCGCCCACCAUCGACGCCGACUGUGACGCCGAGCGUGACUCCGACUCAGUCGCCCACCCAGUCGCCCACGCCCUCGACGACGCCGACUGUGACGCCGACUCAGUCGCCAAGCAACUCACCCACGCAGUCACCUACUCAGUCGCCGACCAACUCACCCACGCAGUCUCCUACUCAGUCGCCCACGCAGUCGCCGACUCAGUCGCCCACCAACUCGCCCACGCAGUCGCCCACGCAAUCACCGACUCAGUCACCCACCAACUCGCCGACGCCGAGCGUGACGCCCACGGUGACGCCGACUGUCACGCCGACACAGUCCCCGACCAACUCGCCCACGCAGUCACCUACUCAGUCGCCCACGGCCUCGCCUACUUCGAGUGUGACCCCAACCAUGACGCCGACCGUCACCCCCACUGUAACACCAUCCAGCUCCCAGUCGCCCACCCAAACGCCGACGCCGUCGCCGACCAGCAGCCCGACGCCGAGCGUGACGUCCACGCAAUCGCCGACCCCGUCGCCGACCAAUUCGCCCACGCAGUCCCCGACCCAGUCACCCACGCAGUCACCCACCGCCUCAGUGACGCCGACUGUGACGCCAAGCGUGACCCCGACUCAGUCGCCCACGCCCUCGGUGACGCCGAGCGUGACGCCUACCCAGUCGCCGACCAACUCGCCCACGCAGUCCCCAACGCCGAGUGUGACCCCGACCCAGACGCCGACGCAGUCGCCCACCACCUCGCCGACUCCGUCUGUUACGCCGACUGUUACGCCGACUCAGUCGCCGACCAACUCGCCUGCAAACUCGCCCACCCAGUCGCCGACUCAGUCGCCCACCAACUCGCCUACCAGCUCGCCCACGCCGAGCGUGACCCCUACCCAGUCGCCGACCCAGUCGCCCACUCAGUCGCCCACGCCGAGUUUGACGCCGACCCAGUCGCCCACCAGCUCGCCGACCUCGAGCGUGACGCCUACCCAGUCGCCCACGCAGUCGCCGACCCAGUCGCCCACGGCUUCUCCGACUCAGUCGCCCACGCUGUCUCCGUCGAACUCGCCCACGCAGUCACCCUCCAACACUCCGUCGCCGACCCAGUCGCCCUCAUCCACAGUGACGCCCACGCAGUCGCCCACGAGCAGCCCGACGCCGAGCGUGACUCCCACCGUGACCCCGACCAUGACUCCCACCCAGUCGCCGACCCAGUCACCGACGCAGUCCCCAACGCAGUCUCCGACCAACUCGCCAACUCGGUCACCUUCGAGCUCCCCUUCGUCCACUCAGUCGCCUACGCCGAGCGCGACGCCCACGGUGACGCCGACCCAGACCCCGACCCAGUCGCCCACGAGCAGCCCGACUGCCAGCGUGACGCCCAGCGUGACUCCGACGAUGACGCCCGCGCAGUCGUCCACCAACUCGCCUACGCAGUCGCCCACGCAGUCGCCCACGAGCUCGCCGUCGCCCACGCAGUCGCCCACUCAUCGCCCACGGCCUCGCCUACUUCGAGUGUGACCCCAACCGUGACGCCGACCGUCACCCCCACUGUAACACCAUCCAGCACCCAGUCGCCCACACCCAGUGUGACGCCUAACGCCGUCGCCGUCGUCGACCGGCAGUCCAACUCCGAGCGUGACGCCGAGCGUGACUCCGACUCAGUCGCCCACGCAGUCCCCCACGCCUCAGUGACGCCGACUGUCACGCCGAGCGUGACUCCGACUCAGUCGCCCACCCAGUCGCCCACGCCCUCGGUGACGCCGAGCGUGACGCCUACCCAGUCGCCAACCAACUCGCCCACGCAGUCUCCGACCCAGUCGCCUACGCAGUCUCCAACCCAGUCGCCCACCAACUCGCCCACGCCGAGCGUGACCCCCACCGUCACGCCAACAGUGACGCCCACGCAGUCGCCGACGAACUCGCCCACGCAGUCGCCAACCCAGUCGCCGACCCAGUCACCGACCCACCCGACGCCGAGUCGUGACCCCGAGCGUGACACCGACGGUGACGCCCACGCAGUCGCCACCAACUCGCCUACGCAGUCGCCAACCCAGUCGCCGACCCAGUCACCUACAAACUCGCCCACCCAGUCACCCACCAACAGCCCGACCCCGAGUGUGACCCCCGAGUGUGACCCCGACGGUGACGCCCACGCAGUCGCCUACGCCGUCGCCAACUCAGUCACCGACCCAGUCACCCACCAGCUCGCCCACCCAUCACCGACCAACUCGCCCACGCAGUCGCCGACUCAGUCUCCCACCCCAUCGCCGACGAACUCGCCCACCAACUCGCCCACACAGACGCCCUCCAACUCGCCGUCGCCGAGCGUGUCCCCGACCCAGUCGCCGUCCAACUCGCCGACCCAGUCGCCCACGCAGUCGCCUACGCAGUCGCCGACCAACUCGCCCACUAACUCGCCGACCAACUCGCCCACGCAGUCACCCACUCCGUCGCCGACCAGGUCUCCCACGGCCUCGCCCACGUCGUCGGCGUCGCCGACCCGCACGCCGACGCCGUCCAGGACCGCCACGCCUACGCCCACCAGCACGCGCACGCCGUCGCGCACGCCGACCUCGACCCCCACGUCGUCGCGCACUCCGACCGCGUCGCGCACCACCUCGCCAACCAACUCGGCCUCGCCCACCUCGGGCCUGAGUCCGACGGGCACCCCGUCCAUCACCCCUUCGACCAGCCCCACCAUCUCGACCACCCCGUCCACCACCCCGUCUAACUCGGUCACGCCGUCGGGCACCCGAUCGCCGAGUCCCAGCCCGCGCGUGGUAAACGGCACCGCCGGCGGCGGUGAUGGCGGCGUCGACGUGGGCAUCAUCGCAGCCGGCGUGGCGAUCCCGCUGGCGCUGAUCGCACUGGCUGCGAUCGGGGCCGCCGCGGCCCUGCUGCUCUGGCGCCGCAGGAACAGCCCGACGGGCGAGGAGGCCCUCGCCGUGGGCGCGCCGUCACUCAACGCAAUGACCAUCUCGCCGCUUUACACGGAGCGCACGACUACACACAAGAACGAGCUCUACGCGGGCGACAACACGAGCGACAUGUUCGGCGCCCCGGCCGCGGCUGCAGGCGGCAGGGAGGACGCCUUCCGCGCCCACACCAUGACCUGGGACAACGUCUGA